AUGGCUUUCGUCGCUACCCUCGCUCGUCGAGCAGCCGCUCCGGCAACCAAGGAGCCAUUGAAGAAGGGCGCCAAACGGGACCCCGAGCUCUACAUUCUCGGCGCCGUCAUGUGCGGUGCCUUUGGUCUCGCAGGGUUCUACUUUGGCCGCAAGCCUACCUCCGCAACCUCGGAAGCUGACGUUUCGGUUGCCGAGAGCUCCAUGCCCUGGCAAGUCGCCCAUGGAGACGACGACGAAUCGAAACACUUCAAAUACCAAUACCACCCGAAGGGAGAUCGAAGCCAAACUCCUAAGAAUGCUCCCAGUGCAUUGAACACAGUUAUCGUCCCGAACGUCACGCUACCCAAGGCAGUACAUGACAAGUUGAACAAGUGGGGAAAGGAAGGCUAUUGA